UGCCCGAGCAACGGCUGGAGCGACAGGGAAGAGGAAAUAGCCACUCCAGCUUCGCGAUCGCUACGGUUUGGGAUUCAUGGCAUUUCCUGUCAGUGUAAAUAGACAGUCGGCUGACAUGGCUUCACUUACAAUCCACGACUGCCUUUGAGUAAACAAAAGGACAUCUAACGAAGCUUUCUCCAUGAAAGAGCCAUUCUUCACUGCAGAUGCAUGCGGCGGUGGGUUAACGUGCCGAUGUUAGCAAGCUAACAUGGACCUUGGAUCAAUGCUGUACAACAGUUUGAAAGAUGUAACAUGGAGUACGACGACACUACCCUUGGAUAGACUUGUUAGUGCCUACAGACUACCGCAGAUUGUAAAGUUGGACAGCGGGGAAUCGGUGGAAGGGCUGAGAGAAAAUGACUACCUCUUGAUUCAUUCAUGUCGGCAAUGGACCACAAUUACUGCCCAUAGCCUAGAGGAGGGCCAUUAUGUCAUCGGACCGAAAAUCGAGAUCCCUGUCCAUUAUGAGGGCCAGUUUAAGCUGCUGGAACAGGACAGGGACAUUAAGGAGCCAGUGCAGUAUUUUAACAGCGUGGAGGAGGUGGCCAAAGCAUUCCCUGAGCGAGUUUAUGUCAUGGAGGAAAUAACCUUCAAUGUCAAGAUGGCAUCAGGAGAAUCCAACGAGGACACUGAAGUGUACAACAUCACGUUGAGCACUGGGGAUGAGUUGACACUAAUGGGCCAGGCUGAGAUCCUCUAUGCCAAAACAUCGCGAGAAAAGUCACGCUUCAACACAAUCUUCAAACGCAUUGGCAAGCUUAACUCCAUCAGUAAGCUCGGCCGCGGAAAGAUGCCCUGCCUUAUCUGCAUGAACCACCGCACCAACGAGAGCAUCAGCCUGCCUUUCCAGUGCCGUGGUCGCUUCAGUACCUGCUCCCCACUGGAGCUGCAGAUGCAGGAAGGAGAACACACUAUUCGCACAAUUGUGGAGAAGACCAGGUUACCUGUGAAUGUCAUGGUGCCCAGCAGCCCGCCACGUAAUCCGCACGACCUUCAUUUGAUCCGCGAAGGCCACCGAUACAAGCUGGUCAACAUCCAGACCAAGACGGUGGUGGUGUGUUGCGCAUUACGUUCGAACAAAAUACUGCCAGUGCAUUUUCCUUUGCACGUGUCCACAGCACUGCCACGUUUACUGGUGCCUGAAGGCCUGCUUCAAGGAGAAGCCUGGCUGGAGACAGUGGUCCACCGCUGGUUUGCUUACUGCCAGGAGCAGUUCGACAUUGACGACUAUUCUAAGGCGGUCCGUGACGUGCGGGUGGACUGGAUCGAGGAUGGCAAGAGCCCGAAAAAAAGUAGCGCUGGUGGAACGGGAAGUGGAAGUGCCAUCUGCAACAGCAGCGGAAGCAAUGGCUGCCCCUCACACGUGCAUUUGCCAAGUUCUCUAAGCUCAGCCCGAGAUGAGCUCACACAGUCAUUUCAUCGGCUGUCCGUCUGUGUCUACGGAAACAAUCUCCAUGGGAACAGUGAGGUGAAUCUUCAGGGUUGCGUUAGCUUAUGUGGAGAUUGUGUGCCAGCAGAACCUCCGGAUGCAGACUAUCUAUUCCCUGAGCUGCUGGAGAGUUCUUCUGGCUCCCUUAAACCAGAUGUGCCGUAUGAGGAGCUUUGGUUGGAUCAUGUUAAGAACCCUGGAUCUGUGCUAGACCACACUGAGGGGGUCCGAAAUUCAACUGUCUCUGGCUGCACGACUGUACUGCCAUACCCCACAGCAGGUCCCACAAGCGCCUUCCUUGGUGCAGAUGUCAAUCUACCUCCACCUCCGGUGCCUCCAAAGUCUGAAGCUGUGAAGGAGGAAUGCCGGUUGUUGAACGCUCCACCGAUUCCACCACGGAGCUCCAAGCAGGCAGGCUCAAGCAGUGCCACGGUGCCAUACCCUCCCGCCAAACCACGUCAGACAGACACCCGCUCCCCAAGCCCAACACUAUCCUAUUACUCCUCCGGCUUACACAACAUAGGUGGGGAGGGCGAAUCUCAGAGUGAGUCAGAUGAUCAGAACAAUGCUUGUUACCCAUGUAACUGGAUCAGACCAGAUGCCAGUGAAGGCUCCAAGCCUCUCCCUUGCCUCAGUUCUUCGGUCGAUGCCUCUUUCUCCCGCCUUUCCUGGCCGAACGAUUUCUGUGGCGCAGACUCAUACAAAGGUGAGGACUUCCCGUCGCUCCACUGCAGAAGCUACUCUAGUUAUCCUCGGAAGAGGACCCCUGGUACUCCUAAGGCUUGUCCCUCAGGUUUGUUAGACUUCAACAGGCGAGCGAAUGGUGAGGGAGGCGCUGCGGCCUCCAAGACCCAACAGGUCUCCCAGUCUUGCACCAAAUCCACCAGCUACACCAUGGACACGUGCAGAGACAAACCCACAGAAGAAUGUAACACUAAGCAAAACAAGUCCUGCCCUAUCUUGCCUCCAAGAACCCCUAAAUGUAACGAUACAAAGAAAGACGCAGAUCCCGCUACUACGGCCACAGCCGACGUGGACGCCCUGGACCUCGAGUCCAAAAGCUGCUCGCUCGACCGACCGCAUCAAGGCACUACAGAUGUGUUCUCCAUUUCGUAUCCUGUAGCUACAGGGUUGUCUUGGCAGCCACCAAGCAAUCUAUCAGGUAUCUCCAUUGAGGAGGUUUCUAAGUCACUACGGUUCAUUGGUAUGUCAGAUGAUGUUGUCUCUUUGUUUGUGCAAGAAAAAAUUGAUGGAAACUUGCUCCUGCAGCUAACGGAGGAGAUUCUGUCUGAAGACUUUAAGCUAAGCAAACUUCAAGUGAAGAAACUCAUGCAGUUUAUUAAUGGCUGGAGGCCCAAAAUGUAAGGCUGAACAAGCAAGCCAGUCUAGAGCAAAACACAUGCAAUGCGCUGCAGUGAUGCAGCCGCAAAAAUUGGCCUUCAGUAUUGCAUUAGACAGUUUUGUAUCUCAAUGCUAUGCACAGUCUUGUAAUGAUUUUAAUAGCCGUUUUGUUUAAUAUAUACAUGUAUAUAAAUCUAUAUUAAUUGCUUUGUGUAUUAACCUGUACCCAUCUGUAUGUAAUCUCUCUGACCUUACGGUACCUGCACAACAGACUUUAUUUGCUCAAACCCAAAGCCUUUGAAAAACCUUGACCCUAUCCAACUGUGGCCUACGUUUCUUUGGUUGUUGAUCAAUAAAGACAAUUGACUUGA